AGAAUUUAAGAGUAGCAUAUUUGAAGGUUCGGCCAUCGUAGAUACAAAAGAUAUAUAAAAUGGACAUGACGAUGGAUGUACUGUUUUUAGUACUACUAGUAAUUUUUGAAGGAGGAUACACCACAUUACCCCCUUAUAUAAAACCAUGUAAAAUGUACGACGAUGCUUGCUCCCUUAAAUCUGGACAAGAUGCCAUACCAACUCUACUAAAAGGUGAUGAAAAGUACCAUUUACCAUCUUUGAUGCCACUGAAAUUGCCCAAAAUAGAAGUUGAAAGUGGUCCUAAUUUUAAACUAACCAUGACCGACAUCAUUGUCAAUGGAUUGGAUACGAUGGAAUUAGUGGAUUAUACACAUCAUCGUGAUGAACUAGCUUUCACGAUGCAUCUAAAAUCUAAGAGAUUGGAGGUUCUAGGAAAUUACGAGAUAAAUGGCAAAUUGUUAAUGAUGCCAAUUGAAGGCAGCGGUCCUAUAAAUGUGACAGUUGAAAACUCCGAUUUUGUUUAUACAUUCCACAUUGAAUUGUACGACCGGGAUGGAGAAACUUACUUUAAUAUUUUACCUAACGAUGAGCUAACCUCAAGUAGCGAACAUGCCUAUUUCCAUAUGGAGAAUUUGUUUAAUGGAAACAAGGAACUCGCUGACAAUAUGAACAAAUUCUUGAAUGAAAAUUCCAAAGAGGUGUUUGCUGAACUAGGAUCGUCAAUUAGAUCAACUAUGCGAAAAGCCAUUAGGGAUGUGGCAACCAUUUUCAGUAAAACAUUUCCCUAUAAAGACUAUUUUGCAGAAUAGCAACAUCAUAUAUCCGUGUGAUAAGCUUUAAAACUAAUGGCAAUUUUCUUAUUAUAACAACCAAUAAAAAGAUACUAAUAAAACGUUUUUAA